AUGAGCAAUUUAUCAGGUAAGUCGACCGGAUCUUCCAGUUCUCGUGCGAGAGGAAGAGUUUUCGGUGUGCCAAAGAGAUGUUGGUGCGGGGAAGCUGUUGUGGCAUUGAUCUCAAAAUCUGAUCCGAAUCCUUACGGAAGAUACUACCGUUGUAGUUUUGCUGCAACAAAUAAGCUUCGGAACGAUGAACACACGUUCAAGUGGGUCGAUGAAGCUUUGCUGAAUGAGGUAGAUGCAUUGAUCUCGAGGAAUGCUGGACUUGAGCAACAGAUGAAAGAGCUUAGGACAGAGAGGUUGGAGUUUGAUACUAUGGUUUAUGAGAAGAUGGAGAAGGAGGUCAUGGAAUAA